AACACCCUUGCCUGAGAGAGAGAGGUUCCAAAACAGGAUAUGAUGGCUGGAAGAACAGCCUUUGCUUCAAGAUGGGCAACUACCGAACGAAACUAAGCAGAGCUGGUGUAAAAGAUGUGGCGGUCAAUGCAGGAAAGCGCAGCAAGAGCAAUCCAGAAGCAUCAGCAUCCCGGUCAAGUAUAAAAAGACCCAGAAGAGGUGAAGUCAAUUUCCUCCCUAAAUACCCUUCUGGUGAGAAUAAGGACACAUUGGAGACACUGAGGCUAGCAAUGGUGGAAGAGUUCAAGAAAACGACAGCAGAAAGAAACAUGAUUCUCAUCCAUCAACACAUGCAACGCACCUUUGCGCUUCGGCGUGAAGAGAUUGUGAAUUCUACUAGUCCCAUUGCGGAUUUGAAAGAAAGAUGGCCUGCCCUCUUUGGUGAAGCCCAACUUUAUAGUGAAUUCCACAGGAUCACCAAUCAGAACCUGCCAUUUUCCUUCUUCGCUGGACUCGAUAAAUAUACACAACAGCUUCUUCAACUCUACAAAAAAAAGAGAACAGGAAUAUUCGGAGAGAAGAUGGCAAAUCUUCUGGGGGCAUAUGCUGAGCAGGAUAAGAAUGACAUAAGCGCAGCAAGAGUAGCAGCUUUGGCUGGCCUACCACUCUACUUGAAAGAAGACUCAUCAGCAGUCUUCAAGAACUGCAAGGAGGAGGAGUUUGAAGAAUUCCACAAGGGGCCAGUGGCACUGGUGGCUGUGGUAGAUGAAGACAAUGUGCCUUCAGUAAUCCCGUUUCAGCCACUCAGUGUAUCGGUUAUCCUUGAGGAUCAGGUGGUAAUGUCCCACAGAUCUUGGGCAGAUGCACUGGUAAAUUUGUUUGGCUUACUGUUUGCUCUACAUUUGAGCUAUCCAGAGAAGUUGGCAGGCUUGUUUGAGUUCGUCCAGAUUGUCAUCUUAAAUCUUGAUGAUGGAAGAAGGCAACUCAAACCGAAGUUGCAGGCAUUGAGGAAUGAGCUAGAUUGAUUUUCUCAGACUGAAUAUGUUCUGACAGGUCAAUGGUGCUUGAAUGUAAUCAUUGGGCUUUAAUGCAUAAGCCCAAUAGUGAAAAAUAAUUAACCUGCCAAAGGUUUUACUACCAAAAACAAUAUACAUGUUCCAGAGAACCAGGCCAUUAGUGGGUUUUUUUUCCCCCAGUAUCAUUGUUUGUGCUGAAAUUAAUUAAUCAAAAUUAAUU